AUGCAUAGACUGGUUCUGAAUAAUUGCUAUUUCGUUUUUAGCUAUCUCUCCUUACCGCCUUUCUUAUCUUUCGAAUCUUCAAUUCAUGUUGUUCCUAUUUUCAACUUCUUGCCUGCUCUUUUCUUCAUCCUUCUCGCGAUACUUGCAGCGAAAAUUCUUUAUUAUGUAAUUUAUCAUACAUACAUCUCUCCACUUUCAAAAAUUCCUGGCCCUGCAUUUUCUUCGGUUACCGAAAUUUUAGUUUCAUUAAAAAGACCAGAAGGUCGUGUAUUUGAAUGGUUUUAUUCAUUACAUUUGAAGUAUGGUAAUGUUGUUAGGGUUGGUCCCAAAUUCAUCCUAUUUGAUGAUUUAGAGGCUAUAAAAUUUAUUUUAAAAGACAGUGAUAUGCCAAAAACUCCAUCUAUUGCAGGAAUUCGAGCUCACUACAACUUGCCAACUUUAUUUUCUGCCACGUACGUUUUUUUAAAACUUGUUCAAUCAUUAAUCAAAAAAAUCGAUUCACUUUCAAAACUUUCACCUAAAUCUUCACACUUAUCAAACUCGACAUUUAAUCAAUUUAAUGAUGAUAAACCAGUAAUAAACCUUUAUCAAUUGGUACAAUUUUGUGCUUUGGAUAUAAUUGGUGAAACGGCUUUCGGUGGAUCAUUUAACAUGGUUGAAACAGGAAGUCAUCCAUUACCUAUGAAAAUACUUGAUGAGAUGAAAAGACGGGUCAUGUGCCAUACGUUCCCUUAUUUUAAAAUGCUUUUUAAAAAGGAUCCUUGGUGUGAUGAGUUUAUCUCAAAAAUGAUAAAAAAUAGAAUUGAGCAAAACUUAAAAACAACAAAAAAACGUAUAGAUAUUUUACAAAUUCUACUUAACAACCAUAGUCCAUUGAAACAAUCCUCACCAAAUACACCUAUUGACAUAACCGAUGGUAAAACAAUGAGUAACUUUGAGAUACUAGAUCAAACUAUGGAAUUUUUAAUAGGAGGUAGUGAUACAAGUGCGUUCACUAUCAAUAUGGCAAUUAUCAUGUUACUCCAAAAUCCCGAGAAAUUGAAAAAUUUACGAAUAGAAUUGGAAUCCGCGUUUCCUAUAUUACGAAAUCGUGUAAUAUCGAGUGAACAUGAGGAUGACCUAUUUUUACCAUCCCAUGAUAUUUUAAAAUCUCUUAAAUAUUUGAAUGCAGUAAUAGAUGAAACUUUACGACUAUUUCCAGUUACAUUAGGUGGUAUAAUGCGACAAACCACUAAAGAUACUAUAAUUUCCAAUUAUUUAAUCCCCAAAGAUACCAUAGUUUCUGCAUCGGUAUGGAGACUUCAUCGAUCUAAACAAAUUUGGGGUCAAGAUGUUGAUGAGUUUGUACCUGAACGAUGGUUUGAUUUAAAUCCAAAGAUAAGAAAUGAUGCUUAUUAUCCUUUUGGUAGUGGUUCUCGAUUAUGUAUAGGAAAUAAUUUUGCUAUGAUGGAAAUAAGAAUUAUGCUAAGUUCGUUGAUAGGAAAUUUUAAUUUCUUUUUCAGAAAAGAUGCAGAUUUACAGAUUGUACAAUUUAUUACCCCAUCGUUGAGGAGUAAAAAAUUUGAAGUCGAAGUUACUCGACUACGUGAACGUAAAAGUAAUAACACAACUAACGCAUGA